AUGGCGUCCCUGGGCGGCUCCCGCCGCGGUGGCCGCUCCCUGGGCCUGCUGAUCUGGCUCCUGCUCCUUCAGCCCCCGCUCCGUGAGGCCCGGGCGGGCGGGGAGGGGGCGCAGGGCGGGUCGGCGCUGCCUUCACCCGCUCCAACCCACUCCGUUGGCGGCCUUGAAGACCCUGGGGCGAGCCUAUGGAAGCCGCCUCCUGCAGGGAUCCCAGGAUCCUCGGGAGCCCCCGAAUCCCGUGUGACUGCGGCACCCCGUUUGGCGGCGUUGACCCCGAGUGACUCUGAUUCCUACAAGGCUUGGACACUCGCACCAGCAACGGCCACAGGAACACCAGUCAUUCCUUCAGGAUGUGGCCAUCGGAGUAUGAGGAUAGUUGGCGGAAGGCCGGCUUCGGAGAAGAAGUGGCCCUGGCAGGUGAGCCUGCAGAUCAGUGACCAGCACGUGUGUGGGGGCUCCCUCAUUGCCAACCGGUGGGUGCUGACGGCGGCCCACUGCAUAUACGGCCAUCUGGACUACAUGGUGAUGGUGGGAGACAUUAACGUGAAGCACGCCUCCAAAACGGCAGUCAAGGUCCCAGUUCAAGAUAUUGUUAUCCACAAAGAUUACCGUCCUUUUGGAACAAUCGAGAAUGACAUUGCCUUGGCGCUGCUCGAGUUCCCGGUGAAGUACUCCUCACAUAUCCAGCCUGUGUGCUUCCCUGAAAAGGCCUUCAAGGUGCGAGCUGGAACGGAGUGCUGGGUGACCGGAUGGGGAAAACUACAUGAAAAAGAUACCAAAGACGAGGCUCCAGAGAUGCUUCAGGAGGCUGAGCAAAGCAUCAUCCGCCAUGAGAAAUGCAAUGAGAUACUCAAGGAAAAGUUGGAAAGUACAAACAACGUGGUCAAGAAAGGGACUGUCUGUGGUUACAAUGCCCUAGGAAAGGAUUCCUGCCAGGGAGAUUCUGGGGGGCCCCUGGUCUGUGAAUAUAAUCAGACGUGGGUCCAGGUGGGGAUUGUGAGCUGGGGCAUUGGCUGUGGUCGCAGACAUUUUCCUGGUGUUUAUACAGAAGUUAGUGUCUACAAGGACUGGAUCACUGAUCACAUGAAUCAGGCUUCUCGGGACUCAGCAGGCUUCCUCGUCCUACCCGGGUGUCUGGUGCUGCCCCUGGGCAUCCUGGGAACUCCGUGAUCACCGCGGCCCACUCCCCUCCUGUUCUGAGUCUCGCAUGAGGCCUCUCCUGCCACGUCCCACGUCUUCUCAGUGCCCUUCCCUCACAUUCCGGUUGGGACCCACCGACCCUGUGGAGAUCCACACAAUAGACAGUAGAAGCAAGACCGGAGUCCCCAUAGUGUCCCAGCCUGGUGCUCCAGUCCCCUGCCUUGGCCACGCCCACACCUUGGCUGUGCUCUGCCCCCUGGGAUGGAGGGGUGAAACCAUCCCAGCUAGAGGGCCAGCUGACCUCCAUGUGGAGAUGGUGCCUCUCGGGCAUCUUGGAGAACGUCUACCAAAGAAGUCAUCAGUGGUGAACAGCAUUAGACCUGGGUGGUUUCAGGCUCUCACCUGACACUUUGUCAAACCAGUCAGCUUGGUGAUUGUCCAGAGGGAGUGGACGAGGCGUUGCCAGGUCCCUGCUGUGGUGUGAGACCUAACUCAGUUGUCUGGGGUGGGGAGACGUUCCCUUGCACCCCAGUGUGGAUCUUUCUGUGAGUGGCCAGCUUCUGCCACACGAACCCUCCUGGGUCAGCCCAUCUUGGAACUCCCUUCCUCAGUGCCCUGGUGGCCACAUCCAGGCUCACCCCAAGUUGUGUUGAGGCAGUGAGGAGUGCGGAGAUGUCUGAUGUCAGCUGAAUAAAUGUUUGGAAUGUG